UGAACAAAGUAGUAAACUCCCGCCUCCUCCGUCUCAGUCCCUUCCGGUUCGGUCCAACAUGGCGGCUGUUGACAGAUGAAGCUUUGAGUCGGAUUUUACUCAUCGAUUAGGUCGAUUAUUGACCAACUGUGACGGACAGGUUGUGAGUUUGUGAUCCGGAUCGAACCGGUUUGUCGGCGCAGUGUGAGGAGAGACGAUCAAAGCGGCGGAAAAAUCAAUCAGAGGGAGAAACAAACACUGAGAAACAGAAAGAGGAAGUCAAUGCUAAGGUUCUGUUCAUGUUCUGGUGUCUGUGAUCAGAGGCUCACCUGGACAGACCUGGUCAGACCUGGACGAGGUCAUGGAGAAGUUCGGGAUGAGCUUUGGUGGCGGUCCGAGCAGGAAGGAGCUGCUGGACACGGUGGAGUCCCAGAAGAAGCAGCUGAUCCAGUACCAGACCCGCUUUAGGGAUGUGGUCCGGGCCUACAAGAGCCUCCUGAAGGAGAAAGAGGCACUGGAGGCCAGCCUUAAGGUUCUAAGCGUGACCCAGGACCUGGACCUGACCCAGAAGGGUUCGACCAUCGCAACACAGGAGCUUACCGAGGAUGGCUGCUCGCUGCACAGCGAGGACAGCGUGGACACGGCGGCGUCUCUGGACAUGGCCAGUGAGACUACGAGAGGCGACCAGAGCGAGGAGGACCAGGCAGAACUGGGAGGAAGGCUGGUGGGAUCUGAACCCGAUGGCAGCUCUGAGAGUGGCAGCGUGGGGACAGAGCAGCAGCAGGCUACACCCCCUCCCAGCAUGGAGGCAGACCGCAGAGUCGCCCAGUUGAAGAGCCAACUGAGCACGCUCACAAGCUCGCUGGCCACGGUGACACAGGAGAAGUCGCGAAUGGAAGCAAGCUUCCAGGCUGACAAGCGGCAGCUGAAACAGGAAGUUGAAGAGCUGCAGGAACAUCUGGUCUCCGUGACAACACAGCACGAGGCGGAACUGCACAACCUGCAGCAGCAGCUUGCUGAAAGUCGCGCUCGCAUCAUUACGCAGCAGCACGAGCGCGAGCAGGAGCAGGGGGACCACGCUCAGCAGCUCCGCGAGCUACAGAGGCUCCUGCAGGCCGAGCGAGACCUCCGGCAGGACGCUGAGCUCCACCUCCAGGAUGCCAGCACCGCCUUGCUUGUAACAUCACAGGCCGUGGACCGGGGGACGGAGUCCGAGGCUCUCCUGCACCAAGUCAAGGAAGAGAGAGACGAGCUGAGGCGGAGGCUGCAGGCUGUCGAGGAGGAGCAACGAAUACCCGACCCCAGAGUGGACGAGCUGCAGCAAGAAUUGAACAAGCUGAAGAACCAGGUCCAGGAGCAGGUCCAGCUCGAGACCCGCAAGGUGUGCGAUGCAGAAGAGCGCGCUCGUGAGCGUGCUCAGUCGGCAGAGGCUCGGGUGGCGGUCCUGGAGCAGCGUGUAUCGGAGCUGUCGGAGCUGCUGGGCUCGUGUGAGAAGGCGAGGCAGCGUGACCAGCAGGCAGCGCAGAGACUCCGCGAUCGUGUGCUGCAGCUUGACACGGAGAACAAAACACUCGCCAUCGCCGCCUCGAGCAGGGUGACCUCUGACCUCGGGCCAGACGAGCAACUGGAUGUGGGGGCGCUGCGGGAGAAGCUGCAGAAGGUGAAGAAGUUGCUGCUCCUUGCGGCUCAGAGGAACCCCGACCAGAACAUCCAGGACCUGGAGGUGGAGCCGGGUGCAGAUGCGGCGGCGGCGGCUCUCGCCUAUCAGCAGGAGCUGCGGCAGCUCAGGGAUGAGUUUGAGCGCUACAAGGUGCGAGCGCAAGUGGUUCUGAAGAACAAGAACGCCAAAGAUGGCUGCCAGGCACGGGAGCUGGAGGAAGUGCGCGACCAGCUUGCUGAGCUGCGUGAGAAGUACAUAAACCUCCGCAUGCAGAGUGACGAGGCCGAGGUCUGCCACCGCCAGCAGCUUGAUGAGCGCCAGCAGCAGGCGGUGUCGCUGCAGCAGGCACACCGGCAGGAGGCGGAGCGUCUGGAGGCACUCCACCGUGACGAACUGUUGCAACUGGAGGCGGAGCUUCACAAGCAGCGUGAGCGCACUAUGGCGUUGCUGGAUGAGAAGGACCGCGAGCUGGAGAGGCUGCGGGCCGCUGCCGCCACACUCAGCUGGUCCAAUCGUGCUCAUAACACACCCGCUGACCCUAAAGAGAAUGGCCCUGACACAGAGACCGACGCGAUCAGCCAGGCACUGCGGCAGGCCACACCCAAUGAGUCAACACUGCUGCUGUAUGCUGAGCAGCUCGCACGUAAGGAGGUGGAGGUGGGUGCACUGCGGCGGCAGAAGAACCAGCUGGAGGAGGACACGCGCCAGCUGCAGGCACAACUCAUUACAAACGCCGAGCGCCAUGAUGAGGAGGUGGCAGCCCUGCGGGACCGCCUCGAAAAACUGAUCCGGGACCAAAGCCGCGAGGGCGCCAACAUGGAGUACCUGAAGAACAUUGUGUACCGGUUUCUGACGCUGCAGGACGCCAACGGGCGCCAGCAGACGCUCACUGCCAUCCUCACCAUCCUGCAUUUCAGCCCACAGGAGAAGCAGGAUGUCACGAGGCUGCAGGGCAGCACCUGGUGGGUGGGACGCAGGUAGAGCACCUGAGGAAGAAAACACUCACCUGCAGGAAGAACACCUGGACAUCUGAGCCAUUGAAGGCAUGGCUUUGUGCUGCACUUGAGGGCAUUGUGUUUUUCAUCUUCCUGGUGUUUCUCUGACGGUUUGCUGCUCUCUGAGCGUCUUGUGACUUCAAACACUACAAACACGUUAACAUGUGACCUUCGCUGGUCAAUCAGCUGAUGUAUAUUUUUGAUUCAGAUUAAAAUAUUUUUCCUGCUUCAA